AUGGUCUACACCAGGGAGAGGCUUCAGCACGCACUCGACGUCUACCACAGGGCUUGGGAGAUUUCAACGCCCGGACCAAAGGCCAAGGAUCGUCACCUUCGCAAGGAUUACCAGUUCCGACGAGUCAAGGCUACCUCGAACUUUACACAAGCCAUAUCGUGGUACGAAGAUGAUUCUUCCGACGAAUACUGUCCCACGGCGAAGAAACGUCGGGCCACAGUCCGCAAGAUACCAAAAGCCAAACGAAGUAGACAUUCACUUCCUUCUCCGGUCACUCAUGAUAGGCCCUCCCGAUUAGUGACACUCAGACUCAAGUCAGAUGCUGGGAGGGCUCUUUUGGGUGACCUUGUCAAUAAGGAUAGCACUAGAACAUCUGGUGCAGAUGACACAAAAGGAGGCAUUUGUAAGGGCGAUACGGACAACAGACCAAGUCCUGGACAACAGCAUGGUACUCUUUCGGACGGGACGUACCUGAGAAGACAAGAUGAAGAGAGUGAUGCGAUUUGUGGUGGGACAAAUCGCAGCGGUCUAAAAAGGAACAGGGAUCCUUCCGUCAGAGAUAGGGAACGUACGGUUUGCGAGGAUAUCUCGCAAAAGGUCCCUGCCGCCAUCGCCCAAAGCCCUUCUGUACCAACUCAGUCGACGCCGAUCCAGAUUAUUCGUGCUGCAGCUGUGGAAAUCCAACAAGCUCGAAACGUCCUGGCUGGAGUGUCCAGAGAAAACCCAAUCAUUUUAGAUUCGCCUCGAUCCUCACCAGAACUAGAACUCCCGGACGCGUCAUUCGCCACAGACACCCCAUGGGCUCAUCCGAUCAAUUUCAAGCAUAUUCAAACAUCAGAUCAGCCAUGCCAUUUUUGCGAGGACUUUAGAUUUGGAAUCUUUGGAUCCAGAGUCAUUGGCAUCGAGGAGAUAACACGCAUGUGCGUCAACUGCUCUCUGAAUCGGCUCCAUAUCUCCAGGUGCAGGGUGCAUUUAAUGCGCAGAUUCGCAAAUCCAUCGAUUGAGCUCUAUCAUAGGUACAUCAGCCAGUUGAUCGAUCGCAACUAUCCAAAAGGGCCGGCGAUCAAGCGCGGAGUGUACCACACGUGCUCGUUAUGCGCACAUCCUGCGUUCUGGAGAUGCUGUGCCGACCAGAGGGUGGACAAGUACUUGAGGAAGCUGAAUGAUGGCAAGGGAAGAGGUUGCGGGCUGCUCCUCUGUGAAUCGUGUGUUGACCAGGUCAAAAUAGAUAAGGGGGUAUUGAAGACAACGACUGUGCAGGAGGAUUUCAAUGGCCGCGGUUGUCAACGGGCAGAUAUGGACUUCCUCUUCGCGGGAAGCCUGCUUCACAAGGCUUGGGCCUGA